AUGAUGUCCACGCCCGUUCGUACAGAAAGCGAUUCCUUCGGUACCCUGGAAAUUCCGGCGGACAAGUAUUACGGCGCACAGACCGCGCGCUCGCUGAUCAAUUUUCCGAUCGGCGGCGAAACCAUGCCGCUGCCGCUGGUUCAUGCGCUCGGCGUGAUCAAGCAGGCCGCAGCGCGGGUCAACCGGGAUCAGGGCAAGCUUGCGCCCGACCUCGCCGACGCCAUCGACCGUGCCGCUGGUGAAGUGGCUGCCGGCAAUUUCGACAGCGACUUUCCGCUGGUUGUCUGGCAGACCGGGUCGGGCACCCAGACCAACAUGAAUGCCAACGAGGUCAUCGCCAAUCGGGCGAUCGAAAUUCUCGGCGGCGAGAUCGGUACCAAGUCCCCGGUCCACCCGAACGAUCACUGCAACAUGAGCCAGUCGUCGAACGACACUUUUCCGACCGCCAUGCAUAUUGCGGCCGCCCGCGAGAUCCAUCACCGCCUGUUGCCUGCGCUGAAGCACCUGAAAACCGCUCUUGCCGCCAAAUCGGCGGAGUGGAAGGACAUCGUCAAGAUCGGCCGGACCCAUACGCAGGACGCGACACCGCUCACGCUCGGGCAGGAGUUCGGUGGUUAUGCCGCCCAGCUGGAGAUGAGCAUCAAACGGGUAACCGAAGCCUCGGACGGGCUCUACGACCUUGCGCAGGGCGGCACUGCCGUCGGCACCGGGCUGAACACGAAGACCGGUUUUGCGGAGAGUUUUGCGGCGGAAGUCGCCAAGAUCACCGGCCUUCCGUUCCGGACAGCGCCCAACAAGUUCGAGGCGCUGGCCGCGCACGAUGCCUAUGUCUACGCCCAUGGCGCGCUGAACACCGUCGCGGUGUUCGGCAAUCAGACGACGAUGUCGGUCGCCGGCAGCCAGGGGCAUUUCGAACUGAAUGUCUACAAGCCCGUCAUGGCCUGCAACAUGCUGCAAUCCAUCCGGUUGAUGGCGGAUGCCUCGGUCAGCUUCACCGACCGCUGUGUUGCCGGCAUCAAGGCCAACGAGGACAACAUCACGGCGUUGAUGGAGCGUUCGCUGAUGCUGGUCACCGCCCUGGCCCCGGCAAUCGGCUACGACAAGGCAACGCAGAUUGCCAAGACCGCCCACAAGAACGGAACGUCACUGCGAGAGGAAGCCUUGAAACUCGGCUAUGUCACGGAAGACGAAUUCGACAGGCUGGUGCGCCCGGAAAAGAUGAUCGGCCCGAACUGA